AUGAGUAUGUUCCCUCUACACAAACAAGUUCCAUUAAGCUCUCUCUACCUCUACAAACUCCUUCCAUCAUUUUUCUCCAUAUUGUCCUCUUGCUUAUCUGCAGUCCGUGUCGUGCCGACACCGCCAUAUUUUUCAUCAUCAACCAACAUUAUUUAUUCCACCAUCAUGUCCGAUCAGGCCAGCGAUCCUUAUAUGUAUGAUGACGACUCGCUGAGCAUCACCCCAGAGGACUGUUGGACUGUGAUCUCUUCGUUUUUUCAGGAAAAAGGUUUGGUUUCCCAACAACUCGAUUCUUUUGAUGAAUUCAUCGAGUCAACAAUUCAGGAAUUGGUGUGGGAAGAUUCCCGUUUGAUCUUGGACCAGCCUGCGCAGCAUACAUCGGAGGAGGACCACGAAAACCGGCGUUAUGAAAUCACAUUUGGCAAAAUUUACAUCUCCAAACCCACCCAGACCGAAGGCGAUGGUACCACUCAUCCAAUGUUUCCUCAGGAGGCGAGGUUAAGAAACUUGACUUAUUCGUCUCCAUUGUAUGUGGAUAUGACGAAGCGAGUGUUGAAGUCCGAUGACAACGCUGGAAAUGAACAUGAGCUUGAAUGGAUUGAAGAGGAAAUCAAGGACGAAGAACCGCUGACUAAAGUGUAUUUGGGUAAGGUUCCCAUAAUGUUGCGGUCCAAAUUUUGUAUGCUUCGUGAUUUGGGAGAGCAUGAGUUCUACGAGUUGAAGGAAUGUCCCUAUGAUAUGGGUGGAUACUUUGUCAUCAAUGGUUCUGAAAAAGUGUUGAUUGCUCAAGAGAGAAGUGCAGCCAAUAUUGUCCAGGUUUUCAAGAAGGCGGCACCUUCUCCUAUUUCUCACGUUGCGGAAAUCCGCUCGGCUCUCGAACGUGGUUCCAGAUUGAUUUCGUCGAUGCAAAUUAAGCUUUAUGGCCGUGAAGAAAAGAGCACAUCGAACCGUACAAUUAAGGCAACUUUACCAUAUAUCAAGGAGGAUAUCCCCAUAGUGAUAGUAUUCAGAGCAUUGGGUAUUGUGCCUGAUGGUGACAUUCUCGAGCACAUUUGUUACGAUGCAAAUGACUGGCAGAUGUUGGAGAUGUUAAAGCCUUGUGUAGAGGAAGGUUUCGUGAUUCAAGAACGUGAAGUCGCUCUCGAUUUCAUUGGAAGAAGAGGUGCUUUGGGUAUCAAGAGGGAAAAACGUAUUCAGUACGCAAAGGAUAUUUUGCAAAAAGAAUUGUUGCCCAAUAUUACUCAAGAUGAAGGAUUUGAAACUAGAAAGGCAUUCUUUUUGGGAUACAUGGUAAACAGACUUCUUCUUUGUGCGUUGGAACGUAAGGAACCCGAUGACAGAGAUCACUUUGGUAAAAAGAGAUUGGACUUGGCUGGACCAUUGUUGGCUAGUUUGUUCAGAAUUCUUUUCAAGAAACUCACAAAAGAUAUCUACAAUUACAUGCAGCGUUGUGUUGAAAACGACAAGGUAUUUAAUUUGACUCUAGCAGUCAAGUCACAAACUAUAACCGAUGGUUUAAGGUACUCUUUGGCUACUGGUAACUGGGGAGAACAAAAGAAAGCGAUGAGUUCCCGUGCGGGUGUGUCUCAAGUGUUGAACAGAUACACUUAUUCGUCCACGUUAUCGCACUUGCGUAGAACCAAUACUCCUAUUGGUCGUGACGGUAAGAUUGCCAAGCCUAGACAGCUUCAUAAUACUCAUUGGGGUCUUGUUUGCCCAGCUGAAACUCCUGAAGGUCAAGCGUGUGGAUUGGUCAAGAAUUUGUCCUUGAUGUCUUGUAUAUCCGUUGGUACACCUUCCGAGCCAAUCUUAUAUUUCCUUGAGGAAUGGGGUAUGGAACCUUUGGAGGACUAUGUUCCUUCCAAUUCCCCAGACUCUACUCGUGUGUUUGUGAACGGUGUGUGGGUAGGAACCCAUCGUGAACCCGCACACUUGGUAGACACUAUGAGGAGCUUGAGAAGAAGAGGUGAUAUUUCGCCAGAAGUUUCUAUUAUCAGAGAUAUUCGUGAAAAAGAAUUUAAGAUUUUCACGGAUGCCGGUCGUGUUUACAGACCACUUUUCAUCGUCGAUGAUGAUCCCGAAUCUGAAACCAAAGGUGAGUUGAAGUUGCAAAAAGAACAUAUUCACAAAUUACUCAAUGCCGAGUACAGCGAAGAAUAUGCCACCAAUGAGUUUGGCGAAGAAGAAGGUCCAUAUGGAUGGUCUUCUUUGGUCAACGAUGGAGUGGUGGAAUACGUGGAUGCGGAAGAAGAAGAGACUAUUAUGAUUGCCAUGACCCCUGAAGAUUUGGAGGCAAGUAAGAGCUCUCUUACUGCAACUCAGCAAAAAUCAUUGCAGUUGGAAGAGCAAGAACUUGACCCCGCCAAGCGUAUCAAGCCAACGAACAGCAGUACGACGAGUACAUUCACCCAUUGUGAAAUUCAUCCUUCUAUGAUUCUUGGAGUUGCAGCAUCCAUUAUUCCUUUCCCAGACCAUAACCAAUCCCCUCGUAAUACCUAUCAAUCGGCUAUGGGUAAGCAAGCCAUGGGUGUGUUCUUGACUAAUUAUUCCGUGAGAAUGGAUACCAUGGCCAAUAUUUUAUAUUACCCCCAGAAGCCUUUGGCCACAACAAGAGCUAUGGAGCAUUUGAAAUUCCGUGAAUUGCCUGCCGGUCAGAAUGCUAUUGUUGCUAUCGCAUGUUAUUCUGGUUACAACCAAGAAGAUUCUAUGAUUAUGAACCAGUCUUCGAUUGACCGAGGAUUGUUCAGAUCUUUGUUCUUCAGAACUUACAUGGAUCUUGAAAAGAGACAAGGUAUGAAGGCCCUUGAGACUUUUGAAAAGCCACUGAGGUCAGAUACUUUGAGGUUGAAGCACGGAACUUAUGAAAAGUUGGACGACGACGGAUUAAUUGCUCCAGGUAUCAGAGUGAGCGGAGAAGAUAUUAUAAUUGGAAAGACUACUCCCAUCCCUCCAGAUACUGAAGAAUUGGGUCAAAGAACUCAAUACCAUACCAAGAGAGAUGCCUCCACACCUUUAAGAAGUACUGAAUCUGGUAUUGUCGAUCAAGUGUUGUUAACCACCAAUGGUGACGGAGCCAAGUUUGUCAAGGUUAGAAUGAGAACCACAAAGGUGCCUCAGAUUGGUGACAAGUUUGCAUCUAGACAUGGACAAAAGGGUACAGUGGGUGUAACUUACCGUCAUGAAGAUAUGCCUUUCACAAGUCAAGGUAUCGUCCCUGAUCUUAUUAUUAAUCCCCAUGCUAUUCCAUCUCGAAUGACAGUUGCACAUUUAAUCGAAUGUUUGUUGUCAAAGGUUUCUUCGUUGUCUGGUUUGGAGGGAGAUGCUUCACCGUUUACUGAUGUCACUGCCGAGGCGGUUUCCAAACUUUUGCGUGAACAUGGCUACCAAUCCAGAGGAUUCGAAGUUAUGUACCAUGGACACACAGGAAAGAAGUUGAUGGCACAAGUCUUCUUUGGUCCAACGUAUUAUCAGAGAUUGAGACAUAUGGUGGAUGAUAAGAUUCAUGCUAGAGCAAGAGGACCAGUUCAAGUAUUGACCAGACAGCCAGUGGAAGGUCGGUCUAGAGAUGGUGGUUUGAGAUUCGGAGAGAUGGAAAGAGAUUGUAUGAUUGCCCAUGGAGCAGCCGGAUUUUUGAAGGAGAGAUUGAUGGAGGCCUCAGAUGCGUUUAGAGUGCAUGUUUGUGGGGUGUGUGGAUUGAUGAGUGUGAUUGCAAACUUGAAGAAGAACCAAUUCGAGUGUCGGUCAUGUAAGAACAAGACUAACAUCUACCAGAUCCAUAUUCCUUAUGCAGCCAAGCUUUUGUUCCAAGAGUUGAUGGCAAUGAACAUUUCGCCGAGGUUAUACACCGAGAGAAGUGGAGUUAGUGUGAGAACAUAA